AUCCAUGACACCGAACCAAGGCACUCAAUGAAGGAAUCCGUAUCUACACAGGCGCCCAAGGUCAUCAAGCGGCUGCAGUUUAGCCUCUUAAAUGCACAGGACACCGUGCAACUAUCAGAGUUCCAGGUCACCCAUCGCGAUUUAUAUACCCCUAUAGACAGACUACCAGUCAAGGAUGGCGUUUUGGAUAGGCGACUUGGAACAUCGGAGAAGAAUGCUUUCUGCGAAACGUGCGGCAUGUCGUCUGUAGACUGCGUCGGACAUUAUGCCUACAUCAAACUGGUCGUCCCCGUUUUUCAUAUAGGAUAUUUCAAGCACACGAUUUCCAUUCUGCAAGCCAUAUGCAAGACUUGCGCACGCGUGCUAUUGGAUGGACCCGAACGACGAGAUUUUCUCAAACGGUUUCGCCGUCCCGGCCUGGAAAAUAUUCAGCGCCAAGCGCUUUGCAAGGCAGUAAAUACCGCGGCCAGAAAGGUCGUGUAUUGCCCUUACUGCUCAGCAACAAACGGAGCCGUCAAGAAAGUGGGCGCAUUGAAAAUCAUCCAUGACAAGUUCCGUGCGAAGAAAACGGCAGAUGAGAUGGAAAAGUGGAAGCGGAGUUUUGCCCCCGCUGUCGAGGCACAAAAGGAGCUCGGAAUGUACCUCAAGAGGGCGGUCUACGAGGAACUAAAUCCUUUGAAGGUGCUUGAUCUCUUCCGACGAAUAUCAGACGAAGACUGCGAAUUGCUAGGGCUGCGACCUGAAUUCGGGAGACCAGAAGAAUAUAUUUGGCAGUAUAUCUCUGUCCCUCCAGUUUGCAUUAGACCUUCAGUAGCCCAGGAUGGAGCUUCAAAUGAGGACGACCUCACUGUGAAGCUAACAGAGAUAGUCUUCACAAAUGCUCUGAUAAAACAAGGUCUUUUAAAAGGGGCUCCUACAGCGCAGUUCAUGGAACAUUGGGAAUUCCUCCAGCUCUCCGUCGCCAUGUAUGUCAACUCGGAACUUCCCGGAGUACCUUCGCAAGCCGGCCAGAAACCAAUGAGAGGUUUCGUCCAGCGUCUAAAGGGAAAGCAGGGCCGUUUCCGCGGCAAUCUUUCGGGGAAACGUGUCGACUUUUCUGGACGUACUGUCAUAUCUCCCGACCCUAAUCUUCGGAUUGAUGAAGUUGCUGUCCCGGAACGUGUCGCUAAAAUCCUAACGUACCCGGAACGGGUAACACCUCAUAACAUUGAGCGCUUACGCCAGGCCGUUCGCAAUGGUUGCGAUAUUCAUCCCGGUGCGAACUACGUCACUGCAGGGAGUAGUGGCUUCAAGAAGUUCCUAAAGUUCGGUAAUCGCAACGCCAUUGCUGACGGUCUGCGAAUCGGGGACACUGUAGAACGUCACGUUAUCAACGGUGAUGUUGUCCUAUUCAACCGCCAGCCCAGCUUGCACAAGCUUUCCAUCAUGUGUCACCGAGCCCGAGUGCGACCUUGGCGGACUUUCCGAUUGAAUGAAUGCGUUUGUGGCCCUUAUAAUGCCGACUUUGAUGGAGAUGAAAUGAAUCUUCAUGUUCCACAGACCGAGGAAGCUCGCACAGAAGCACUAGAGCUUAUGAGUGUCAAAAACAAUCUUGUAACGCCUCGCAAUGGUGAGCCUGUCAUCGCGGCCAUCCAGGAUUUCAUUACCGCAUCAUAUCUACUCUCCAAGAGGGACACGUUCUUCGACCGCCGUCAAUUUACACAAAUAUGUUGUUACUUCGCGGACGCAGAUUUACAAAUAGAUUUGCCGCCGCCGACGAUAUGGAAGCCUGUGCGACUAUGGACAGGAAAACAAGUUUUCAAUGUGCUCAUGCGUCCGAACAAGCAGUCCAAAGUCCUUGUCAACGUCGAGUCGAAGUGCAAUCGAGUCGACGAGCCAGACGCAAAGCAUUAUGCAAUGAAACCACUCCCAGAUCUUUCGCCAAACGAUGGUUGGUUGGUGAUCGUCAAUAGUGAAAUCAUGUGUGGCGUCAUGGACAAAGCCACCGUCGGUAGCGGCAAGAAAAAGUCGAUAUUUGGUAUAAUUAUGCGCGACUAUGGUCCACAUGAGGCCGCUGCCGCGAUGAAUCGUGUCGCGAAGCUUUGUGCGCGAUGGUUAGCGAACUUUGGUUUCUCACUAGGUAUAAAUGACGUUAUACCUGGACCAAUACUGGUCUCCAAAAAGGAUAUCAUGGUUGAGAAGGCUUACGCGGAAUGCGAUAACCUAAUUGCACAAGCCAAAAAGGGACUUCUCGAAAACAAACCUGGAUGUAAUCAGGAGCAAACGUUGGAAGCUCUCAUUUCUUCCGUGCUCUCAAAGGUCCGAGACGAGGUCGGGAAAAUCUGCAUGAUAGAACUCAGCCGCCACAACGCACCACUCAUCAUGGCAACUUGUGGUUCGAAAGGUUCCGUCAUUAACGUCUGCCAGAUGGUUGCUUGUGUCGGUCAGCAAAUUAUAGCCGGAAAACGUGUGCCAGAUGGAUUUCAAGACAGAUCGCUUCCUCACUUCCCAAAGAAAUCUAAGGAGCCUCCUUCGAAGGGUUUCGUCCGCAACAGUUUUUAUACGGGUCUUCUCCCCACUGAAUUUCUGUUCCACGCUAUUUCUGGGCGUGAGGGUUUGGUCGACACGGCAGUGAAGACUGCAGAAACCGGCUACAUGCAGCGCCGACUGAUGAAGGCAUUAGAAGACCUGACAACGCAGUACGACUUGUCCGUUCGUAACUCUACAGGCGGAGUUGUGCAAUUCAGGUAUGGAGACGACGGGCUCGAUCCUGCUUGCCUAGAAGGUGAUGCGCAACCUGUCGAGUUUGAGAGGUCCUGGAAGCACGCUUUGUCUGUUAGCGGCAGAGGAGGUCGCCCGCUCUUGCCGUUCGAAAUUCUUGAGGUGGUUGAUCGUGGGUUGAACACCAAGAAGUUCACCAGCGAAUGCACGGCUGCGUACAUUGCAACCAUCCGCGGAUUCAUCACAGACAACGUUGUACAUCGGCUGGCAAAGAUGCGCAAGGCCCACGGAAUGUUUGAAGCCCUUGAACGUUUCGAAGAAUGGGACUCGGAUACCGACUUAUCCAUGGGUGCAACUGUGCCUGAAAAGAAACUCGUCGGCAACAUGGGAAGGGUCACGGAAGCCCAGCUUCUGUGCUUUUUGCACCUCUGUUGGGUAAAAUAUGUAAAGGCGAGGAUCGAACCAGGUUCCACCGUGGGUGCCGUCGGGGCCCAAUCGAUCGGCGAGCCGGGUACUCAGAUGACGCUCAAAACUUUCCACUUUGCCGGAGUUGCUUCCAUGAACGUCACCUUGGGUGUGCCUCGUAUAAAAGAGAUCAUCAACGCUGCCAAGGCCAUCAGCACGCCUAUCAUUAGUUGUAAGCUUGUCACCGCGGACAGUGAGCCUUCGGCUCGGAUAGUGAAAGGUCGAUUAGAAAAGACUCACCUCGGUGACGUCGCUGCAGUUUUGGAGGAGGCGUGGGCACCAGAGUACACUUAUAUCGGUGUCAUUGUCGAUAUGGACGCUGUCUCUAAACUACAGCUCGAACUUACUUUGGACGACAUCAAAUGGGCAAUCGUAAACGCAAAGAAACUCAAGGUCAAGCAAGAGUCGAUCACCAUCAUUCCCCGGCGGAACCGACUGCGCAUAUACGUUGACGGCUUAGACAAAUACUACAGGCUGCGCGAACUCAAGCGUUUACUGCCCGACGUCGUCGUAAAGGGUGUGCCAUCCAUUGAACGCGCCAUCAUUAACAUCAAAGAAAAAGAUGACGUGAAGGGGAAGAAGGGUGACAAAGAGUUACUUGUGGAGGGCUAUGGCUUGCAGAAAGUCAUGAUCACGGAAGGAAUCGUUGGGGAACACACGACAUCUAACCACGUAAUUGAGACGGCAAAGGUCCUUGGCAUCGAAGCCGCCAGGAGAACGAUCAUCAAUGAAAUUCAGUUCACGAUGUCCAGUCACGGCAUGAGUAUCGAUCCUCGGCAUGUCAUGCUUUUAGGAGAUGUCAUGAGUUACAAGGGCGAAGUUCUGGGCAUCACUCGGUUUGGUGUCGCGAAAAUGAAGGACAGCGUUAUGAUGCUCGCAUCUUUCGAGAAGACAACGGACCACCUCUUCGACGCCGCAGCGUUCGGGAAGAAUGAUAGCAUUUCUGGGGUUUCCGAGAGUAUCAUCAUGGGUAAUCCUGCUGCAAAUUGCGGCACGUCAAUGCCAGCAUUAUAUCUGCCUCCGCCCACGAUAAGUAAGCCUCGGAAACUGUUGUUUGAGGGUGCAUUGUAGCAAACUUGCGUGACGAAAACCUCAACGUGCCAUGUAUCAGUGCAGUAGAUUUACUUGUUAUACCUUGAUUCGCAACACGUAACUUAUUGCAGUGCAUCCA